AUGUCUGAUUCCAAUAGAAGUUUACCUCCCCUGCUACCCAGACCAUCGGCUCAAUCGAUCGCCAAUGAUCUGCCCCGAAAGAGAACAGAGCUUCCUCGAAAGCGCCGUCAACCAGUGACCAAUGCGUGUACCAGCUGCAAAAAGCGAAAGUGCAAGGUAUUGUAUCCACCAAUCUUGAGUUACCCCAGGAGUCCUGCUAAGAUGCCACAAAGUGCGAUGGCCAUCGUCCACGAUGUGGUCCUUGCCUCGAUAAAGACUUGGAAUGGAAACCCUGAGGAGUCGAUACAGGCUAUGCAGAGAAUCCGAGAUGCCGAAAAUGUUGAAGAGGCAGCGAACUCGAUAGCAGGGGCACAGGCUCUUGUGCAGAUGCCCGCCUCUACCAAUGACAUAUCAGCACUUCAGAAACAGGCUCCGCGCGAGCGUUCACCAUUCGAGGAUCGUCAACCCAAAAGGCGUCAACUGGGAUCACCCCAUGAAGAUUCGAAUUUCAUGUUCGAGAAGCAAUACAUGAUUGACCCACGGGACAAAUACGUCGACAACAACAUGUUUGUCGACGUGUUGGCUCGUGAGUUGCCGUUGUCACGCUGGACGACUGUCUCACAGGAUGAUCGACAGAUGAAUCAUUUGCUGACAAUGUUUUUUACUUGGGACAAUAUCGUCGAACGAGCCAUCUAUAGACCGAUCUUUGAAGAAGACACUAUCGCUCUAGAUCCAAGUCUUGCCAAUAACUACCCAAGGAACUUUUGCUCCGAAUUUCUCGUCAAUGCUCUGCUUGCUGCUAGCUGUCUUUACUCCCUGGAUCCUGCGUUCUACAAAAAGCCCCAAGACUCGUCCACCAGAGGUAGGCGAUGGGCUGACGAAGCCGAAAUCCUGUUGGAGAAGAUCGAUAAGCCUUCUCUUCCCCUGCUCCAAGGGCUAUAUUCGCUCUUUGUAUACGAAGGAGUCAUUGGUGAAGGCACCAAAGCUGUCAAGUACUUCCUACGGUCUAUGGAUGUGUACAAAGUGCUGAACGACACUUGGACCACGCAACAACGCGGAGGUGCAGAUGAUGCACGGCUCGAACGGGAAAGGCAGGCCAUUUCAUGGUGUCUCUGGGGCUUUUACUGCUGUGAAUGGCGAUCAUCUCAGGCCUUUGGCUUUAGAAAGCUGACACGGAAGCCCAAGAUGGAAAAAGCAUGGCUAGACCAUGACUUUCCUCUAUCCAAGCCCGACUGCGUAGGCUACUGGUGGUUUCCGUAUCCGGUGUCUUACCAGAUCCAGAAAUCGUUACAGGUUGAGAUGAGAACAGCGGAUGUUGCGUUAUCCGAAAUUGCUGAAGAGACUCUCGACUUUAUCUAUCCAGAGGAGGGGCAGCUACCGCCUCAAGCCAACACUCAACGUGCGCUUGAAAUUUACGACAAAUCCUUUGCUCAUCUCUGCUUCGAGUACUGGCUAAACCAUGUCACUGGAACUGCUGCUUACAUUGUGCUUCGAGAUGCCGGUGACUCUCCAGUUCAGAUGGACACACUGGUCCGUGCCUGUCAGUGUCUUGAAGAAAUGAAGGUAUCGUUUCCUAUAGCGAUUGAUGUCAUGGCGGGGAUUUUUGCAGCCUUUCGUCGGUUCAAGGUGCAGAUUCCUGCAUUUAUAAGUAGAUACUUUGAUAAGGUGACAUAUCGCAGAGAUGGGCUACUGCACCAUGCUGUGGCUGCGUUGUUGCCAAGCGAAACAGAGGUUGGCCACAUUGGAAGUGGAGCAGAGGUGCAACUCCAGGAGCUGUUGGAUGAAUUUGGGGGUAUGGGGAUAGACUAG